GAGGAAGGCAAAUCCGUUCCUUUCAUUCCUCAAAUAUUCUUCCUUGCCUGCUCACCCUUUCCUCUCUGGGUCGCCGGCGGCUCGAUCACUUCACCGGCGGGCCAUAUAGGAGAGCGUUGAGCCGGUUUCUUUUCCUGUUGUCGUUUCGGUAAGCAAUCGGAGCUCUGUGUUAACGGCAACUUGCAGUUUAAUUUCUUGUUGAAGCUCUUGAGGUCUGUGGUUUCUCCUCAACUUGGCCCCCCUAAACAGCAAUAUGUGGCUGCAGGAUCCUAAUGGUUUCAGUGAUGAGAAAGCGGAAAGCAGACUUUACGUUGGUAACCUCGACCUGAGAAUAACAGAGGCCACUCUGAUUAAGAUGUUCUCUCCAUAUGGAAAGAUCAUCUCCGAGGACUUCUUGUGGCAUACCCGUGGCCCUAGACGUGGAGAGCCACGUGGCUUUGCAUUCAUCCAGUUCAGCUCCAAAGAGGUGAGUAUGCAGGAAGCUAAAUUAGCCAAGGAAAAGAUGCACGGGAGAUUGGCAUGUGGCCGGCCAUUGGUGGUACGUAUUUCGAGUGACAGAAGCUUGGAGGAAGCAGCUGCACAGAGCUCUUCAAGAACAGCAGCAAGUGCACCCAGAAAACCAGGCCUUCCUUCGCAACCCACUGGGCAGACGAAUAAGAGCGCCAAGAUAGCUGCGAUAAAGAACAAACUGAGAGCCUUGGAAGAAGAGACGACUAGCGUCAAGAAACAGAAGCUGGCCAUUGAUAGCAUCACAUCUAAGUGAGCCUCAAUGUUUUUGUAGGCCGAUGAUAGACGACUCGAGUCUGAUAUCGAAACCCAGAUACUCAUACCAUACUAGAACAACGUUGAGGACAGAAUGGGAUGGUUCCCUGUUUUGUAAUUUGUUACAAUGGAUGAAAUAUGGAAUGAAUGAUGCUGAACUGCUUUAUAUGGUUCAGAGCUUUUAUAAUCUGUACUUAUGGGAUACCAAUCUGGAAUUUUUUGUUUCCAUUGUGUAGCUGUUCCAAACAAAACGUCACUCAACGUGCUUUUAACAC